AUGUCACACCUCGGCUCCCAUCUAGAGCAAAUCAGCUAUUCCUGCCAGGGAAUUGACUCUCUCCCCUUCCCGCCGCCCAAAAUCUUCGCCAACGCGCUCCUCUCCCAGCAGCACGACAUCACCUCCCUGAUCCGCGAUACCGAGGCCCACGAGCGCGCCCUCUUCUCCGUGCCUCCCCCUCCCCCUCCCCCCGUCAACCACGCCAAGCGCGGCGCCGCCGCCUCCGAGCACGACGACGACAAGCCUAAGCCGGCUAAGCGCCGCCAGACCGUCUUCAACGUGACCGCUGGCGGCGACGUGACCACCGGCGCCCCUUCCACGAGUCGAGUGCAGCAGCAGCAACAGCAGCAGCCGCGCAAGCACACGGCGGUGGCGGCGGUGCUGGGCGGGGAUAUGCACGAGCGGCUGCGGCGCGGGGCGUCGGGGGGAGGGGAGGUGGACGUGGAGGUGUUGCUGCGCGGGGCGGAGACGCUGUGCGGCGUGUACGAGCUGCCGGGCGCGAGGGAGAGGAUCGCGUCGCUAAGGGCAAAGUACAGGAACGGGCGGGACACGGCGCGCUACUACGAGGGCAAGGUGGCGGAGCAGGCGGCGCAGCUGGCGAGCCUGAGCAGGGAGUGGCAGGGGGAGGGGGAGGCGGUGGAGGAGGAAGAGGAGGAGGAUUGGAGGGAGGCGUGGAUGGAGGAGGAUCUGAAGAGGGAAGAGGAGGAGGCGUGGGAGAUGGAGAGGAAGAAGAGGGAGCUGCAAGCGAGACUACAGGCGAUGGAACAGGACCUCGGCGGGCUGAGGCGGAUGUAA